CUAUCAGCCGCUGGGAACGUUAUAAUAAAAUAGAAUCAUAACCAACGGUAGAUAAUAAAUUAACGAAUUUUAUUCAUAGAAACCGGUGUGUUAGAUGAUUAUUUUUUUGAUAUAAAACAAAUACUAAGCAAAAAAAAAAAAAAAAAAACAACAACAACGAAUCAGAACCUACCGAAUGUCGUCGACUGAGAGCCUCAUCGAAAGCUUAUAAAUAUAAACAUCGAAUUUGACAUGCCACAAUCGCACAACACAAAAAAGCAUCGACUCGCAAUGACGGGUGGCGUGCUAGCAAUUAGUCUUUUUGUCCUUUGUUUAUUCGCCUUCGGCACUACUGUCUACUCUAGUUCGUUACGUGGCGCAGCAGAGGAGCGUCUGCAUAACGCCGCCGUCGACAAACACAAUAAUUCCUCCUCCUCGGAUUCAACACUAGAGCUGCUGCAUGUGAUUUUUAGACAUGGACCAAGGACGCCCGCAGACACUUAUCCAAAAGAUCCCCAUGUAAACGAAACAUUCUUCCCCUUUGGUUGGGGCCAACUUACUAAUAAUGGCAAACGAGAGCUUUUCAAUGUAGGCUCGUGGCUAAGAAAACGAUACAAUCAUUUCCUAGGACCUUUCUAUGUUCCUGAUUAUGUUCACGCCCAAACUACAGGUGUUACCAGGACUUACAUGUCAAUGGCUACCGUUUUGGCCAGUCUUUGGCCCCCAAAGAAUACACCUAUGGAAUGGAAUUCAAAGUAUAAUUGGCAGCCAAUUCCAAUUAUGUCUCAACCUUUGGAAGAAGAUAAUCUCCUCUUGGUUCGUACUCCAUGUCCAAGAUACUAUGAAGCUAUGAAAGAAGUUUUCCAACUGCCAGAAGUCAAGGCUGAACUAGAGCCAUACGAGAGUCUUUUCAGUGAACUCACAGAAUUGACAGGCAUGAAUGUAACAACUCCUGAAGACGUGCAAUCAAUUUACACUACACUACUAGCAGAGACAGAAUUUGGUUUAGCUCUUCCAGAGUGGACAAAGGAGUAUUACCCAGAAAAAAUGCAAUUCCUUGCUGAACAAAGCUACCUCUACGCAGUUUAUACACCAGAAAUGCAGAAAAUUAAGGCAGGACCCUUUUUAAGGAAAAUGCUUACUGAAAUGAAACAAAAACGCGAUGUUGACUUAAAGCCAAAAGAUCGCAAGCUUUUCAUCUAUACCGGACACGAUACGUCACUUGUAAAUAUUUUAACAGCUCUUGGUGUAUGGGAAAGGCAGUUGCCAAGAUAUUCCAUUAUGGCACUUUUCGAGCUUCAUAAAAAUAAAAAGACUGGUGAAUAUCAUGUUGAGAUAUUCAUGAGAAAUAAUCCUAAAGCAGAUGCUAAACCAUUAACAAUUCCUGGCUGUGAUAGAAAAUGUCCAUUGGACAAAUUAAUUGAGUUAACUCAGAAUGUAGUUCCUACCGAGCAAUCUUUGAGCUCAUGUAGUGCGAAGGAUCCUUCAUUUACGGAACCACCACCAAGUGGUCCUUAGAAAGAGAUGAAAUGAAAAAAAAAUGUGUUUAGUGUUUAUUUUUUUGUGAAGUUUGUUAAUUUAUUUUCUUGUUUAUUAUUUUUUUUUUUGUAUAAUUGAGAGAAAAGUUUGGAAUCUUGUAUAGUCUUCCAUUUAUGUAACUAUUUAAGAAGAUUUUCAAUUCCUUUUGAAUAAAAAAAAAAUAUAAUAAUGUACCUAUUUAUUUGCCGUGGGUACAACAAAUUAAAUCAAA